UCGAAAAAUAAAAAAAUACCCUCUCCUUAUUCCCUGAAAUGGGUGAACCAAAAGAAGUGGAUCGAAGUCGACUCCAUCGAAAAACCCAUGGGUCCGGUUUUCGACUAUCGAUGGGAAGGUUUCAAGGACUUCCACUACAGUAGCCGUUCAACGGGCCUUCAGCUUGUACGAAAUGUGACUUCUUUUGGCACAUUGGUGUUCUCUACCCGAGGAUCAAAAAAGCUAGGCUUGUUUCUCUGUGGACGCGAUGGAAGAACAACUCCCUGUAUUUGGUUCGAUAUCGAAACUAACAAAAUGUCUAUUUUGACCUGUGAUAAAAAACCUGCUGGUAUUUCCACGGAUCUGAGUAAAUGGCAAAACAUAACAAUUGAAUCAAAAGAGACAAAAAUUACAAAAAAAUUCCUUGAUCCGUACGAAUGGCAAACGUUUAAAAUAAAAUGGAGAAAGAACGACGUCAAGGUUUUCAAUAAUAAUAAUCAAAUUGUACAUGGGAAUCACUCGUACAAUUUGACCGAGCUACUUGUGGCAGGUCUGGAAUCAAGCGUACGAUUUCACCACUACACGUAUUACCGUACGGAAAAAACGAACGCGCAAAUGUUCACAUCGCAAUUCAACCUGACUGACGGAAAUUUUUGCAUCGAUACGAUCAUUGGCAUGUGUUCCAAAUGUAAACUGAACUUUUCCAUCGUGGAAGAAACGUACCGCGAACCAACCGAAUACCAUUUAAAAACUAUUUAUGGGAAUAAAGAUGGUGAACGUAACGGUUUGGUCAACUGGCGGCCGAUCAAGCUUCACAAAUCAUUUCCGCCAGCCGAACGGAGACUCCUUAAAUUGAAGAUUACAACUGUCCUGGACAAUGAAGACAAUGGUCGAUGGGCAAUUGAUCCCAUAUCACAUAAAUGCGCGCCGCAGGGACAACAAAGAGAAUCCACGAUAGAGAUACGUAAAGAAAAUUCACCUCACAAAAAAUUACCAUGGCCUAUGGUCAAGUGUCAGCAAUUGUUCUACCAUAAAAAUGUCACUGCGAUAGUCAAUCCCUGGUCAAGCAAGCCGUACAUCAAUAUUCCUCAGUUGGAUCAAAUCAUUCGCGAACGACGAUGCGGCGGCGACAUCCGCCAGGAUUCUGAUAAACCUUGUUCCAUAUGCAACCCGAACGGUUGCAUUUGUUCUGGAGGAUUCAACUGUAGCGGAGAGUGCCGCACUGUCAGUGAAAUUUUUGAUAAUUGCGACCUGCGUUGCCAAAGACCCGGACUUCGCAAACCGCAGAUCUUAACAUUUACUCCCUUGGGUCACGGUAUCGUGACAUUAAGCUGGACGCACCCAAAGUACAUCGAUCCUUCAAUAACCAUUGAAAAAUUUCGCUUCAUCGUUAAGCUUCUGAAUACGGAUCUACUGUCCGAUAGUUACAACCGUCCUGUUAUACCAAAGGAUUACGUCGUUCGACGUGAACAGGAAGUGUACCAAAAAGAGUUUCGUCUAACAGCCUCCUCACACUACGAAAUUUCCGUUGUGUCGGUAAGUCAGUGUAACGUUGACGUCGUCCAAGAGAAGCUUGUUGUACCAGUCGAGUCGGACAUUGGCUUCGCAAGUGGAGAGAAACCCGAAGUGAAGUGCAACGGAACCGAUAUCGAGCUCAGACUACCGGCGGUAAUAAACGCGACACGCAACACAACAAUUCAAGUCAACUUUUCAAAGUGCGACCUGUACCAAUCGCAAAGAACGUCAGAAGACUCGUCGAAUACAGAACGGAAGUAUCAGGUUGAAGACAACGAAUCUAAAUCGUUUGUUAUCCGUGGUAAUCAGAUAGCCAAUUCAUCGAAAAGCUGUUCCGAAAGUCUGAUGGAGAAUUGUCAAAUCAAGGUGACGGUAUACGACUGGAUCUCAGGAAAAUCCGUCAACAUCUGGAUCGAUAAGAAGCUUACAAACGAAUCAGGAACGUGGUACUUGAUUUUGAUCAUUCCGGUCGUUCUUAUCUUGGCGAUACUCGCGGUCCUUAUGGUGCUCUGGCGUCGAAGAAGACGAAGGAAUAUUCUGAUUACAUCGAGCGCAGACGAUAUUAAUUUUAUUGCAAUGUCAGAGUCGCCGAAAAUAAUUGAUAGUUCAAAAUUUCCCAUUACCUCAAAGUAUACGCCACCAUCCCAGAUUUCCGCUCCGAAUCAGAAUUCGGAAAACGAAUACGCAGUACCACAAGAAUUUAACUCCCAGUCGGUAGAUAUAAAGUUUUUCGAAGCAGAAACGAGAUACGCAAUUACUAGUGGGAAGUUAAGAUCCCAAUUCAUGAUACUCCCGGGAGGCCUGACAAAGUCAUGCGAGUACGGUAGAUUACCAGAGAACAUGCCCAAGAACAGAAAUCGAAAUGUCAUAGCAUACGAUGACACCCGUGUUAUCCUGAAGAAACUACCCGGUGAUCCUUACUCCGACUACAUAAACGCGAAUUACGUCAAGGGAUAUCAAAACGAAAAGGGUUACAUAGCGACUCAGGGACCAACGGCGAACACGGUCAAUGACUUCUGGCGCAUGAUCUGGCAGGAAAAGGUCUACAUAAUAUGCAUGCUGACGAACCUAAUCGAGAACGGACAGACAAAAUGCGAGGAGUACUGGCCGCCGGUUGGAACGAAAAUUAGGUACGGCAACGUUGCCGUCACCACCUUAAGCCACGACGUAUUUGCCGACUAUACAUUCCGAGCCCUGAGAGUCGCUUGCCAAAAAUUUAAACGCAGGGUAAUGCAUCUCCACUACACGGGAUGGCCAGCCGAUGGUAUUCCCGCCUACUGCCAAUCUCUGGUAGCUUAUUUGAAGAAGCUUCAAACUACAGAUCUGAAAUACGGACCAGUUGUGGUUCACUGCAGUGCCGGUGACGGUCGCACCGGUACCUUGAUUCUAUGCGACAUAUGCCUUAGUGAGGCGAGGGGAAUCGGUAAGAUCGAUGUGUCGGCGGUCCUCUCACGGAUUCGAGAAAGCCGUGCGGACAUGGUGGAAAACCUUGAGCAGUACCUUCUCGCGCACAUAAUAAUGGUGGAAAGCAUCGUAUCCUUGCCAACGCAGAUACCCUGCGACGAAGACCUUCCAAAUGGGAUUAAAAAAUUGAGAGGUCAAUUAGCGACGGAUGUUCAAAGAUUGAACGACGCGGUCUGGCAGGAAUGUGCUCUCCGAUCAUUGGCUGCAACUCCAAAUCAAUCGGAAGAUGAUAAACUGACCAGCGAACUGUCUGACGAACUAUUCAUAGGUUUCGAAAGGACACCGUCGUUCAACAGGAACGUCAAUCACCGCAUCCGCAACGUGCCAGUUGACGGUGUGAAGAUGAGGAGGCAGUACCUGGCAUCGUGGUUACCUUCGACUUCCAACGUUGCCAACUUCUGGAAAUCGAUAGCCGAGAUGGAGAUAGAACUGAUCAUAAUACUGCAACGUCCAGACCCCAACGAUACUACAUGUUGCGACUUCACGCCGAGUAAAAUGAACUUGACGAAAUUGAUUCCGUACCUGCGAAUAGUAACCCAAGAGAGCCAAGCUGCCGAUGACAAACCUUACACAUUCGAAAAGUUUCGAUUGAUCGACACCCUGGAGGAAGAAGCAAAACCGCAAUUCGUCACCGUGCUUACAUGUACGGGAUGGGGAUACGGAAGAAAGGGAAAUCCACCAGCGCCCGAGGCGUUGGUUUCGCUUUGGACAGCCUCGGAACGGAUACCGCGGAAAAAGAGCCCCACCUUGGUGCUUUGUCACGACGGCGUGACAGCAUGUGGCCUGUACCUGGCAAUGAGUUUUCUAUUGGAACGAAUGGCGGUGGAAAGAGAGUGCGACGUUAUAUCAGCUGUCCGAGCAGUUCGCCGAUCAAGAAGACAAUUCGUCCAGUCGAUGGACCAAAUAGAGUACCUUUACGACGCCGCAUUGAAUUACUACGAGGGUUUCGCUACUUACGCCAAUUUUUCAUGAAUCAGAGAUUCAACGAACUGAAUGAAAUAUAUUCGAUUUUUACAUUGAACAUGGUCAAUAAUUAUAAUUCAAAUGUAUAACGCGAGUAGUUUUCCGAUUAAAUGUACACACUUUUGCAC